UGGACUUUGAGUCUGCCAGGGCCCCUUCCUCCAAAGUCCUGCCACCUGAGGCCUGAGCCGCCAGAAAUAGGGAGGAAGGUCGAUUUCAGAUACCCCAGCCCCGCCUCUUCCCCUGGAACUCAGCUUCCUCUCUGAGAGGAGCACUUUCACUUCCUCCUCCUCCAGCCUCCGUGAACAGGUAGGGCCCCCAGGGACCCAGCAGCUGGCCUCGUUACCUGAGACUCUGCCUCCUUUGGUAUUAGGCAGCUCCCCAUCCUGCCCUGCCCAGCACCACCCACCUCCUCCUGCCCCUCAUGGGACCCAGAGGCCAGGCCAUGACCCGCUGGCCUCCCAAAUCGUGAGGAUGGCCCAGCCAGAGGACCAGGCCUCGGCAGGCCCCACCUAUGGGGACAGCCUGGAGAACGGAGCAGGAGAGGCCUGCUUAGGCAUCCUCGGGGCCCCAGAACCAGUUCUUCGCCUGCAGAGGACGUCGGGGGUGUGGCAGAUCCCAGAGCUGGACACCCAGGGCGCAGAAGCCCUUCUGGAGCUGUGGCCACCAGGGAGUUUCCUGGUCACAGGACACGACCCCAGCCGGGUCCUGGUGUUGAGGACAGGACCUUCACCAGGGGAAGUCAACACUUACCAGAUCCAGAAGCUUCCUGGAGGUGUGUGUCUGGAAUCCUCUAACCUCUGCAUGCCAGACCUGCCCCAUCUCCUGGCCUUCCUGUCAGCCAGCAGGGAUGUUUUGCCCAGAACUCUGCUCUUGCCCCCUCCUGCUCUGGGACCUGGGGAGCAACACGCAGGGAGGGUGCUGUCCGUGGUGAACAAGGUCUACCUGGAGCUCCACAGAGGGCAGGGGAUGGAGCAAACUUCCCCAGAGACGCCUCCAGAGACUGCCGAGAAAAGUGAUCCAGCCCCCAGGCACUCUGCCCCUCAUCGGGUCUCCUGGGUGGAAGGCCCACUCAGCUCAGAAGCACACUCUCCUGGGCCAGCUCUGCCCAGCCUGGGGGAGGAGGAAGAGGAGACUGACGACUACAAAGAUGAAGAGGAAGGACCUGAGGAUGUGCUUACUAGUCAUGUCCAGGCUCUGGCCAGGUCCAGAAGCAGCUAUGUGGCCAGACAGUUCCGAGGUCUCAAGGCACGCCUCACCUCAGACGCCGGGGGCCCCCACAGGCCCGGGGACCCCGCCACGGAGCUGCUUCAGGAUGUGCGGCACCUCCUUACCGACCUCCAGGAUCACUUAGCAAAGGACCCCAGUGUCAGGGCUUUCGUUGGGAGCAGGGGGCCUGGGGUCCCCCAGAAGGACGAGGAUCUGGGCCCCGCGGUGGAAGCGGCCUUGUGCCGGGCGGUACUGGCACCUCUGAAGCCGGCCCUGUGGGCACGACUCCGCACGCUCCGCGCCCCGGACCUGCGGCGACUGCGGCGGCGACAAACAGCUCUGCGGGCUGGGGCUGGGCCUCCGGGAGCUCAGGGGGCGGGACCUGAGGGCCAGGGCCCCGCCCUGCGCAGCCGCAUCCACUCGCGCCUUGCGCACCUCCACGCCGCUUGCGCCCCACGCCGCAAGGUGGCGUUGCUGCUGGCGGUGUGCAGUGAUGUCUACGCGGGGCUGGCUUCAGGCAAGAACGAAGAGCCCCUGGGCGCCGACGCCUUCCUCCCAGCGUUGACCGAGGAGCUUAUCUGGAGUCCGGACAUUGGGGAGACACAGCUGGACGUGGAGUUUCUUAUGGAGCUCUUGGAUCCGGAAGAGCUACUGGGAGAAGCUGGGUACUACCUGACCACUUGGUUUGGGGCACUGCACCACAUCGCCAACUACCAGCCCGACGCGGGACGUGCACCGAAGGGGCUCAGCUCGGAGGCCCGUGCCUCCUUGCGCCAGUGGCACCACAGGCGGACACUGCACAGACAGGGCCUCGCCAGAUCCCAGGUGACCGGCCAUUUGGACUGUGGGUAGAGGGGCGGGCUGAUCCUGUUGCCUUUCUGACACAAGGCGCCUGCCUGCCCCUUAGGGCUAACCCGCCCUUUGAGGAACCCUGGGGAAUAGAGACUGUGACGAGAGACCAAUGAUGAAUAGGGAUCUCAAACCUUUCUGUUCUUCAAGCAAGAUGCAGAGGCACCAGCUCUUCGGGGGCAGCAAGGAGGAGGAGGUCCCAGGAAAAGGGAAUGUCCUACCACUGGGCCUCUGCAUUGGCUGUUUCCGCUUCUUGGAAUGCCCUUCCCUAACAUUCACACUGCUCCUGCCCUCCCUUCUUUCAGAUCUUUAGGCAGAUUUCACAGUCUCAGAGACGACUGUGUAACGCGGUAACUCCUCUCCUGUGACCUAACCCGUGGAAGGCAGAAUAAUGCACCCCGCCCCCAAUGUCCACUUCCUGGUCCCCAGAUUCUGUGACUAUGUUACUUCAUGUGGUAAAAGAGACUUCACAGAUGCAAUUAAAUUAAGGAUCUUAAAAUGGGGAGGUUAUCCUGAGUUCCGGUGGACCCAAGGUAAUCACAGGGGCCUCAUAAGGGGGCAGGCAGGAGGCUCAGAGUCAGAGGAAGAGAUACCAUGAUGCAGGCAGGGGCUGGAAUGAGGGCUGGGAGCCAAGAAAGGCAGAAGCCCUCUGGAAGCUGAAAAAGACGAAGAAUGCAUUUCCCCCUGGAAUCUCCAGCAGAAACUCAGGCUUUAAUUUUAGAUCCCUAAGGUAUGUUUUGGACUUCUGACUUUCAGAACUGCAAGAUAAUAAAUUGGUGGGGGGGGAGGGGUUAAGCCACGAAGUUUGCGGUAAUUUGUUACAACAGCACCAGGAAACCAAUGUACUCCCUUACCCUAAUCUUUAUCUUUUUUUCAUAGAAGUUAUCACUUCCUAAUACACCAUAUAAUAUGCUUAUUUCUUGUGUUAAUUGUCCAUAGUCUCCCCCUCCCCUUAGAAUAGCUCCAUCCAAGAGGAAUACAAUGCAAGCUAUACAUGUAAUUCUAAAUAUUCUAGUAGCUACAUUUAAAAAAAAUGAAAAAGGAACAAGCGAGGUUAACUUUAAUAACAUUUGAUUUAACCCAAUAUAUCCCAAAUAUUACUUAUCAUGUAAUCAAUAUUUUUAAAUUAUUGAGAUACUUACCAUUCUUCGUGUAUAUGUGCUCAGUCUUCAAGAUCCGCUGUGCAGAUCACGCUUCAGCGCACCUCGGUUCAGAGUAGCCGCAUUUCAAAUGCGCAGUGGCCAUAUCAGGGCUUGUGGCUACCAUUUGGACAAUGCAGCUUUAGAAUGUCAGCUCUGGGAGGCUGGAAUCUCUGUUUGGUUCAUAGCUGGAUCCUCAGUGCCUACCAAAUGCCUAGCACACAGUAGGUGUUCAAUAAAUACUUGCCGAAUGAUUCAACGAACACAGUUUCUGUGGUAAACUGAAACGGGCUUCCCAGAAGAUAUCCGUGUCCUAAUCUCUAGAAUCCAUGAUUGUUACCUUAUUUGGAAAAGGGCCUUUGCAGAUGUUAUUAAAUUAAGGAUCUUAAAAUGGGGAGAUUGUCCUGGAUUAUCCAGGGGGCCUCUUAAUGCAAUCAUGUGUAUCCUCAUAAAAAGGAGGCAGACAGAAAUUUGACACAAAUAGGAAAAAGCAGCAUGAAGACAGAGCAUAGAAUUGAAGAUAAUGGCCUUGCGGUGACAUAGCCUGAAGCCAGCAGGAAUGUUAUCAGCCACCAGGAAUGCUGUCAGGCACCAGAAAUCGGACCAGGCAGGCAGCAGUUCUCCUUAGUCUCAGAGCCUCCAGGAGGGGCCCUGCUGACCCCUUGAUUAAGCCUGGUGAUACUGAUUUCAGGCUUACAGUCUCCAGAACUGUAGCAGAAUAAAUCUGUUGUUUUCAGGCACCAAAUUUUUAGUCAUUUGUUACCGCAGGCAAUGGCAAUGUAACAGUUCCUCAGCUCUUAACAUCAAAAAAGAGUAGAAUUAAUAUCCAACUCACUGUAACAAGGGACAGUCAUCUACAUAUACAGUAAUUACAUAGAAAAACAGGAAUGUCACCAGAUAAGGACUGGGCCUGGGGUUGGUCUGCACAAGCCAGUCAGUGGUGUGUGGGUUCUUGACUUCUUGUGGGUAAGAUCUUAGAACACGAGUCCAGGUGAUUUUGAGAGUAUGUUCAUUAAAGCUGGGGACAGUGAAGCAAGGACGGGCUUAGCAUGGAAGCAACAGGAGACAGGCUAGGCGCUGCUCUGCUUUGGCUCCCUGGAGAUGCUAUAGGAAAGGAGUGAGCCAAGGCGGGGCUGCUGUUAGCUCACUGGGAAGUCAGAGAAAAAGGGGUUUUGGAGACAGGUUCGGGGGUAAGACCAGGAUGAGCUGCCGCUGCUGCUGCCCACUGGUUUCUAAGUCUUACGGGGACCCUUAGAUUUAGAAGGAAGUAAAAGGUUCCUGCCCGUCAAAGGACAGGGCAUGCUCUACAGCAGGGGUCCCCAACCUCAGGCCUGCAGACCAGUGUCGGUCCGGGCCUGUUAGGAACCGGGCCGCACAGCAGGAGGUGAGCUUGAAUGCAAUGCACUUGAAUCAUUCCAAAACCAUCUCCAACCCCCAGCCCCGGUCCACAGAAAAGUCAUCUUCUAUGAAACCAGUUCCUAGUACCAAAAAGGCUAGGGACCACUGCUCUAGAGUGAGCCCACCCAUGGCUUUGUUGUAAGGGUGUUUAUUUCUCCUCCGCAGGUGAGAAUCUCAGGGGGAGGGUUUCAAUAGAAUAUUCACCAACUUUCCAGUUGCAUUUUUAUUUUGCUUGUAAGCUUUUAUCUAUUUAUUUUCAGAGUGAGGGGAAAGGGAGGGAGAAGAAAAAACAUCAAUACCUCUCAUGAACCCCCUACUGGAGACCUGGCCUGCCACCCAGGCAUGUACCCUGACUGGGAAUUGAACCUGUGACCCUUUGGUUCCUAGGCCGGCACUCAAUCCACUGAGCCACACCAGCCAGGGCCCCAGUUACAUUUUUAAUAUGCUGAUGUAUCAAAAUGAGCAUAUAGAGGAGUUUGGAGGGGUUUUUUUGGUCUAUUUUAUUGUUUCACUUUGAUCUUGGGUCCCUCUGGCCUUGAUGGGGUUUUGGUUUACUUGUUCUCCUGAUUUCAUCUGUCUUUGGGUUUAGCUGGCACAAAUGGCAUUAACUAACUGGGUCUCUGUCAUCUAUCUCCCUGACCAGGGUUGUGUAAACUAUGUAUUCUCUGGUCCGCGAGGAGAAACCAUUUGUUCUCUCGUGUUCCCUUUUUUUUUUAAAGAUUUUAUUUAAUUUUAAACAGAGGGGAAGGUAGGGAGAAAGAGGGAGAGAAACAUCAGUGUGUGGUUGCCUCUUGCACACCCCACAGCGGGGACUUGGCCUGCAACCCAGGUAUGUGCCCCGGAUGGGAAUCGAACUGGCGACCCUUUGGUUCACAGGCCAGCGCUCAACCCGCUGAGCCACACCAGCCAGGGCUGUUCUCUAGUGUUUUUAGGGAAGAUAAGGUCUUGCGGUUCACUAGCUGGCAAUGAGUUGUUCAAACUGUUUGGCCUUGUUUAAUUUUCUUGUCUCGGUGUCCCCCAUUCUGCUUGCCCAGGAAUUGUCCUGGCUUCUUACUACCCUGCCUCAGAAAGAUCCCUCUCAAUCCAUCUGACAAAGAAAUGCCUUGUCAUUAAAAUUUUACAUUUUAUAAUGAUCGAAAUUGUGUCAUUUUAGAUGUCAAUUAAAAAUUGCGCCAGGAAAGAGUUUUUGCAAUUGUUUUUCCAAGUCCAAAAGCUUGAAGAAG